AUGCCGCUCACAGCUGAUGUGGCUGCCCAACAAGUGCAAGAGCGAUUACGAGCUCUCCAUAGGUUAAUAUAUGACAUAGAAGCAGAGAGAGGGCGAAAUGAGCAAUGUAUUGAACAAAUAUUGAGAGGUGAAAAGGCUGCAGAUUGUUCACCAUUGAAUGAAGACUCUUCUAGUUCCUCACAACAGCAAAUGCAAUUAAAAAGCUUAUACAAGGCUGGUCUAACGGCAGCUGAACAAGAAGAAAAGGUGCUUCGGUCGGCUCUGUCCCGAAUUUAUGAAAUAAGAGCAAUUAAAAAUGAAAGAAGGAUUCAGGCACGGCACGCUGGGAACAAGGAGACGAUCGGGUGCGGGGCGCUGAUGAAGAUGCUGCUGAGCGCGGCGCAGACGCUGCCGCUGCACGUGGGGCGCGUGGGCGAGCGCGCGCCGCCGCUGUGCGGCGCCGUGCCGGCCGACGCGGGCCACGUCGCGCGCCCCGGGGACGCCGUCGCCGCGCUCGUGCGCGUCUCCGACAAGGAGGAGAACUGGAUCCUGGCAGAGGUGGUAAGUUGGUUGCCCGCACAAGGCAAAUACGAAGUGGAUGAUAUAGACGAAGAACAGAAAAACCGGCACGUUCUAAGCAAACGACGAGUAGUGCCCCUGCCGUUAAUGAGAGCGGAUCCCCGCACUGAUGAACAAGCUCUGUUUCCCAAAGGCGCCGUCGUAAUGGCGCUAUAUCCACAGACGACGUGUUUCUAUAGAGCAGUGGUGAAUAGACUGCCAAGCUCCGCAGCCGAUCCGUAUGAAGUAUUAUUCGAGGACUCGUCGUACGCAGACGGGUACUCGCCGCCGGAGCGCGUGGCGCAGCGCUACGUGAUCGCGAUCAAGGAGGGCAAGGGGCGCGCCACCUGA